GUGGUUGAGCUGGAAGAGGGAGGGGUGCACUUUGGCAGGUGGUGGCUGGCAGAAUGGCGGUUGUGGCUGCAGUUCGGGGGUCCCAAGGAGGGCGGCGCCUCUGGUUCGGGAUCCCUAGAAAGGUAAAUCUCGGCUGGCAUUCCUCAUCCUUUUCAUCAUCUUCAGUGCCAACAACCAAACUGUUCAUUGAUGGCAAGUUCGUUGAGUCCAAUAGUAAUGAAUGGAUUGAUAUCCACAACCCAGCCACAAAUGAAGUGGUUGGGCGUGUCCCAAAAGCCACGCAGAGUGAAAUGGAAGCAGCAGUGGCUUCAUGCAAAAAAUCUUUACCAAACUGGUCUCAGACAUCCAUUCUGAGUCGACAACAAAUCUUUCUGCGAUACCAACAGCUUAUCAAAGACAAUCUGAAAGAAAUUUCUAAACUGAUCACCUUGGAGCAAGGAAAGACUCUGGCUGAUGCUGAGGGAGAUGUGUUUCGAGGCCUCCAAGUCGUUGAGCAUGCUUGUAGUGUGACAUCCCUAAUCCUGGGCGAGACUCUUCCUUCCAUCACUAAAGACAUGGACACUUAUACCUAUCGUCUCCCUCUGGGAGUAUGUGCAGGCAUUGCACCUUUCAAUUUUCCAGCCAUGAUUCCUCUUUGGAUGUUUCCCAUGGCCAUGGUGUGUGGAAACACUUUUUUAAUGAAGCCUUCAGAGCGGGUGCCAGGAGCUCUCAUGUUCCUUGCCAAGUUGUUGCAGGAUGCUGGUGCCCCUGAUGGAACAUUGAACAUCAUCCAUGGGCAGCAUGAAGCUGUGAAUUUUAUUUGUGAUCAUCCUGCUAUUAAAGCCAUCAGCUUUGUAGGAUCUAAUCAGGCUGGAGAAUAUAUCUAUGAAAGGGGUUCCAAGCACGGCAAGAGAGUGCAAGCCAAUAUGGGAGCAAAGAACCAUGGAGUGGUGAUGCCUGAUGCCAAUAAAGAGAACACCCUUAAUCAACUGGUUGGAGCGGCUUUUGGUGCAGCUGGGCAACGUUGCAUGGCAUUAUCUACAGCAGUCCUGGUGGGGGAGGCUCAGAAAUGGCUGCCAGAACUGGUGGAGAGAGCAAAGAAUCUGCGAGUUAAUGCAGGAGACCAGCCUGGAGCAGAUCUAGGGCCCCUUAUCAGUCCGCAGGCCAAGGAUCGUGUCUGUCAACUGAUUGACAGUGGAAUAAAGGAAGGGGCUACUGUUCUCCUAGAUGGACGAAAGAUCAGAGUGAAAGGUUUUGAAAGUGGCAAUUUUGUUGGACCGACUAUCCUUGCAAAAGUUAAGCCAAACAUGACCUGCUAUAAGGAAGAAAUCUUUGGACCAGUUCUAGUGGUUCUGGAAGCAGACAGUCUGGAUGAAGCAAUUGAAAUAAUAAAUAAGAAUCCCUAUGGGAAUGGAACAGCAAUCUUCACCACUAAUGGCGCCACUGCUCGUAAAUUCUCCCAUUUAGUGGAUGUUGGGCAAAUUGGUGUGAAUGUUCCAAUUCCAGUGCCUCUGCCAAUGUUCUCCUUCACUGGAUCUCGUGGGUCCUUCAGAGGAGACACCAAUUUCUAUGGCAAACAGGGGAUUCAAUUCUAUACACAGCUGAAGACAAUUACUUCUCAGUGGAAAGAGGAAGAUGCGACAGUUGCCAAGCCUGCUGUAGUUAUGCCAACCAUGGGGAACUAAAGCAGCUUGUCAUACUUGCUUUUUGAAAGCAUUCUUUGCCUACUACAAUAUAUGCUAAUUUUGGAUGUUCCCUGCUGCCAUUGCUGUAAGACCUUUAUUACAAAUCAAAGUGGCAAUUUCUGUUAACACAAAAUUGGAAGUUCCCAGCAAUAUAUUGGAUAACUGUUACUUUUUUCUUGCAGAAGAAAUACUAUGUCAAUAACCAGGCAUUGGCUUCUUCUCUCCCAUCCAUGCAACACUGUUGAGAGUCCAAACUCUGUUUUCCAUGGAAUUUUAGUUUUUAAGAACCAAGUACUACAGUUGCUGCUUUUGAUCUAUUCACAGCUGACAAAUCCCCUUGCUGUAGGGCUCUGUUGCAACUCUUUUUCUCUCAAAAAAAAAAAACCCCCAAAACCUGCACAUCUCAGAAAAGGUCUCACAAUGGGACUGGACAGUCCAGUUUGGGGAAGCAAAGCUGACUGGCUCUUAACUCUAAUCAGUAGUUUUCAAGAAUUUCACACAGGAAAUAGCUGUUUCAAGCUCAUGUCAGUGAAAUCUCACCUUCAUUUGGAAUAUUAUUUCUAUCAUGUAUACAAACAGUAUGAUAACUUCAUUUUGACAUGAACAGAACUUCUACCUUUCACAGAAAUGUGCCUACAUUCUAUUCAUGCACUAACUAGUUUUGGAAGCAGAAUGUGUAAGAUCUUUGUUUCUGACUGUAGCAAGAUCAAUGUGGCAUUGGAAAAGCAGAAACAAUAUAUUUAAAUGGGUAAUUGUUUUUAUCAUCAUCACUUUAACUGGGAUAGUGCACACUCUAACACUUGUAAGAAAGUUUGUCAUCUUAUAUACAGAGGGCACAUACAACUCUUGACAUUGAAUUAUUGGAUUACACAGGAGAAGGUGGCAUGCACAGAUUAGCUAUUGAGGGUGCAGCCAUGGGUAUGAUGCAGGAUGAAAGAUAAAGUGAUACUACUUUUGGGAUUUACAGUGCUUUUUAGUUUAAAACUCACAUGAUGUUUUCUUGCACUCGAAAAAUAUGUUAAAUUUUGUUGUCUAAUCAAACAAACUGGACUCAUUUGACAUUCUGCCUUUUGUAAUGAGCAGGUGCUUAAAUAUAAUCAUCAUUAACCAAAUUGGUUAUUCAUCUGUAUACUAGAAGGCCUCACAUUGUUAAUCAUGAAUAAAUUCCUAUUAAAUGCAAA